CCGCAAUGAUCGGGCGUCACGGCGCCACGCAUUCUACUUUCUUUCUACAUUGAUAUACUCUACAUUUCUACAGUAACACCUGCGUUUGAAUUUUUUAUCAUUCAAAUACUAUUGGGGAUUCUUUAAAAUGGUAACGAAUGCGAAAUCCAACGAGGAUUAUGAUUGGAAACCCUGGAGAUGAGACCGGUCAUUUUUUUAAUAAUGUUCCAACUACAUUUCUCCCUGUCGACAUCAGAAAAACAUUUAACUUCUGCCAGAGGUAUGCAGUAUGACGAUAAUGACGAAGAUGAAGAUGAGCAUAUUGAAAUAUUUAAUGAAGAUGACAUUGAUUUAAAUAGAACAGAUAAGGGAAUGUAUUUAGGAUCACCAUGUGAAUUUACGUGUAGCCCGAAACUUAUACACGUCUUUUGCAAUCCCGUUUCUGGAGUGUGUGAAUGUGACAAAAGGCAUCCAGUAAAACUGAAUCCCGCGACGGGUUGUGGGAAACCCAAGCGCUUAGGGGAGCAAUGCUAUUAUCGAGAAGCGUGCAAGUAUUCGGACCAGCAUGCGUCAUGUGUACAGGUUCAUCACAACGCAGUAUGCCAAUGCAAAUCGGGUUAUCACAUAGUCUCCAUUCAAAAGCCGUCGAAAAGGGUAUUUUGCGCUGAAGAUGUUGACAUUCUGAAGACGGAUUUUUCAACUUUAGCUGGAGUUUUGUCUGGAAUAGCAGUAUUAUCAGGGUUAAUUUGCUUCGUACUGAAACUCUUCAACCAAAAUAGGUAUACAAGACCACACCGGUUUGGAAAUGCAAACUUAGCACCUCCUAUUUUCUUCUCAAACGAUGCAGGAAUCGGACUCCCAAUGCCACUACUAGAACAGUCAUCAACUUCCCAUGGUACAAGUCAACGAUCACUAACGUCCGUUUCAUCGCGCCGUGCCAGCAGCCUUCACGGAUGUCGUGGAACCUCCGUAUCUGCUUCUCGUGCAGGUGCGGCUCGUGCCGCAGCCAUCUUGCUGAUGUCCUUCCACGAAUAUAACCCCGAUUUCCCUGAAAAACUCACAUCCUAUCUCGGAUCCAGAAGACCAAGUUUAACAUCAAUACAUAGUACUUCAUCAGUUCGUAGUUUUAGUGCAAGACGAUUCGAAAGAGAAAAAGAACAAAAAGAAGAAAGAGAAAUGCAAAGGCGGUUUGCACGAAUAGCAUCAAACGGAAGGGUUCCUCCAACACCUAGCCCGCGUUCUACGGAUGAGCUCCUUCCAACACUAACUGAAGACAGGCCGGUUUAUAUUGUACAGGUACCUCUGGCAAUCCAAGAAGAAGAUAACGGGGCAAAUGGUUUUAAAGAGGAGAUACCGUCAACUUCGAAACAAUUCGCUUAAGUAAAGAAACACUUCAUCGCAACGCAGUGCUAUUGGUGGGCCUAGAGAACGUACCUAAUUAUCACUAAUAGAGUAAGAUUUAAAAAAUUGAAUGUGGUUAAAAAAUAGACAGACGUUAAUUUAAUAAGGACUAUAUUACUUUUUUAAUUUAGUAGAUUUUACUGUUAAUGAUACCUAUACCUCUAUACACAUGUAUCUAUGCUGUUAUAUGUUGAAGUAAAGUAUUUAUUACAGUGAAAUUAAGUCUAUGGUCAAAUAUCAGUUAAAUUAAAUAUUUGUAUAAUAAGUGUUUAAUGCUUACUUUACCGAUUAUUUAAAUUUUGAUAAGAGUAUGUUAUACUUCUGUAUUUUGUUGUACGGUAGUGUGUUCCAAUUAAAGUCUGCAGUAUUACCAACUUUGAAGUCACAUAAUCUGUUGUAUUGGCAUGUAAAAGGCAUUAGCAAAUCUUAAAAACAUUUGAGCAUUAAGUUCUCAAGAUAUCCAACAAAAUAAAUUUGGAAAAGGCCUAUAGGCACAGUAUAUCCCCUCUUUAUACUGUGCUAUAGGUAUAUUCUAUACAUAUUGAAAAAAAUGAAAUUCUGAAAUUUAACUCUGAAGUAUAGAGCUUUAAACAUGCAAUCUAGAAUUUGACAAAAUGAAAAAUAAUUUUUUUAAACUAACUGAAGUGCAAUCAAAAGAAUCUAAUCUAAACGUUUUGCUCUUAAUCAUGAAGCUAAAAUGUUUUUUUAUUAUUCAGUUUUUGUAUCGAUUGGGUUGGGAACAACAAUUAUUGUUGAUUGUAGUUGAUUGUAAUUUGUUUUGUGUUGACUUUUAUUAAGAUAGUUUUCAUAAGUUAUUUCCCUUUGCUUAUCGACUAACUUAGAGCAGUAAUUAUGUGCCAUAGAUUUUUUAUUUGAAAAUAUUGAAUAAAUAAUAAAUAUGUAGUGGGUGUUCCAUUUGAAACGAUGAUAUUUUGUUGGUAUACCUAGACACCCUGAUGCGAAAUUGUAUAUAAGUAUCAAUCAAAAAGUUAGUUGGAACACAAAAUACAUUUAUUUCUCUGAAACUCGUCUAAGUUAAUUUUUUAAUAGUUUACAAGUUGUUACAUGUGAUUCAAUGUUCCAUAUUAAUUUUAAGAUUAUUACAAGAAUAAAGUUUACAUUAA